AUGGCACCCCCAAAACACGUCAACAUCGCCAUCCUCGGCACCGGAGGAGUCGGUUCACAUGUCCUCUCCCAACUGUCCUGGAUAUCAACCCACCACCCAAGCACACAUUUCAACCUGAUCUACCUCGCCACAAUUGAUGGCGCACUGUACAACGACAACUACAAACCGAUCGACAUCGAAACAGCUCUCAACCGGCUCCAAACACCAGGAGCAAAACGAAGUCUACUUACUAUCCAAACCCUAGCAACAUACCUCGCCAACGCUCCAUACAGGGCAAUCCUCGCAGACAUCACCAGCUGCGACACAAUCGCCCAGUCCUACCCCCUCUUCCUGGAACGGGGAAUCAGCAUCGUAACGCCGAAUAAGAAAGCCUUUUCAGGGAGUUACGAGCUAUGGAGGGACAUAUUCGACGCGGCAAGAUGUGGAGGGGCGUUGAUCGGGCAUGAAUCUUCCGUUGGGGCGGGGAUGCCGAUUAUCUCCACGAUGAGGGAUUUUGGGAUCACGGGUGAUAGGGUUAUGAGGGUUGAGGGGGUGGUUAGUGGGGCGUUGUCGUUUUUGUUUAAUGAGUUUGCGCCGCUGGCUACAUCUCCCGCAGUAUCUGGAUCUGCUGGAGGUAGUGCCGGUGGGAGGUGGUCGGAGAUUGUGAAGAAGGCGAGAGAGCGUGGGUAUACACAGCCCGAUCCGCGCGAUGAUCUGAAUGGGUUGGAUGUUGCGAGGGAUGUUACUAUCCUUGCUCGAUUGGCGGGGUUGCCUAUUGAGCAGGGUUCGUUCCCAGUGCAGAGUCUGGUUCCUAAAGAGUUGGAGGGCAUCGGUAGCGCAGAAGAGUUCCUGGCUCGGCUGCCGGAGUUUGAUGAGAGGAUGGAUGAGGAGAGGGAGAGGGCUGUGAAUGCUGGCAGGGUAUUACGGCAUGUGGGAAUUGUUGACAUUGUGAACAGGAGGGCAGAGGUCGGUUUGAAAUGGUUUGAGCCUGAUGAUCCCAUUGCAAGACUUCAAGGCAGGGACAACGUUAUCAGAUUCUAUACGAAACGGUAUGGCGAUGAUCCGCUGAUUAUCAGUGGUGCUGGGGCUGGGGGGUCUGUAACGGCGAUGGGAGUUACGGGGGAUAUGCUGCGGAUACUGCAUCAACUUGGAUAG